AUGGCUGAAAGGGGAGGGCUGUCGCCACCGAGAUCUGAUAGACAUCAUCCGCAGACGCUAUCCAUGCUGGAUUUUAAAGGCGCGCAAUAUGCUGCAGCUGCGAAAUCCGUCAAGGCCGAGCUCGAUCAUUUAAAGAGUCAGGCGGGUACUGACCGUAAACUCAAAACGGAGAUGGAUGCCUUUUAUCUAUUAUUUACCCGUUAUCUGGACGAUACUGCCAAAGGCAACAAACUUGAUUGGGACAAGAUCCAAUCCCCUUCUGAAGAGCAAAUUGUGCGAUAUGACACUAUCCCAAAAGCUGGUGCAGAAGACCUGUCAAAGCUUGCCGUGCUCAAACUGAACGGCGGCUUGGGAACAACGAUGGGCUGUGUUGGACCCAAAUCAGCGAUCGAGGUGCGCGACGGCAUGACGUUUCUUGACGUGAGCGUGCGCCAGAUCGAAUACCUCAACAAAAAGCACAAUGUGGACGUGCCGUUCAUAUUGAUGAACUCAUUCAACACAGACGACGAGACCAAACGUAUUGUCAAGAAAUACGAAACGCACAAUAUCAGUAUCCAUACGUUUGACCAGAGCAAGUAUCCCCGUAUCAAAAAAGAGUCGCUCUUACCUGUGCCGCGCAAGCCGGGUGCACCCAUUGACCAAUGGUAUCCGCCUGGCCACGGUGAUCUUUACGAAUCCCUCUACAACUCGGGCAUUCUGGAUCAGUUGUUAUCGCACGGCAAAGAAUAUCUAUUUGUUUCCAACGUGGACAACUUGGGCGCCACGGUCGAUGUGAACAUCCUGCACCACAUGAUUGAAAAGGAUAUGGAGUUUAUCAUGGAAGUCACUGACAAGACCAAGGCCGAUAUCAAGGGAGGCACAUUGAUCGAUUAUAAUGGCCAGAUCCGGCUUUUGGAGAUCGCCCAGGUGCCCGAUGAACAUGUGGAGGACUUCAAGUCGAUUAAAAAAUUCCAUAUCUUCAAUACCAACAACCUGUGGAUCAAUCUGAAGGCGGUCAAGCGGAUCAUGGACGAGGACGCCCUGGAUCUCGAGAUCAUUGUCAACAACAAGUCUACGGAUAGCGGUGAAAAGGUCAUCCAGCUCGAGACUGCAGUAGGUGCUGGUAUCAAGCAUUUCAAGAAUGCCCAUGGCGUCAAUGUUCCUCGUAACCGCUUCCUGCCGGUCAAGUCAACUUCGGAUCUAUUCUUGGUCACGUCUGAUCUGUACUCGCUGGUGCACGGCGAGCUGUCCAUGAACCCCCAACGCAUGUUCCAUACAACGCCUCUGGUAAAACUUGGAGAUGAGUUCAAAAAGGUCAACAACUUUUUGAGCCGGUUUAAGAAGAUCCCUCAUAUUUUGGAGCUCGAUCAUCUUACAGUGACAGGCGAUGUCACGUUUGGUGCAAAGGUCGAGUUGCGUGGAACGGUAAUCAUCGUCGCCAAUCAUGGCGAGCGCAUUGAUAUUCCACCCGGCUCUAUCUUAGAGAACAAAGUGAUUACGGGUAACUUGCGAAUCCUCGAUCACUGA